AUGCUGAAAUAUAAUCACCCAAAGUCGGUUUUCAAUUUAGUUGGUUUUCAAUUAGCUACGGGAUGUGACAUAUCAAACUCAACAAAGUGUAAUCCCGAAUUGCUGAAAUGCUGUGGAACGCAAUUGAAAAAUGACCUGGGUCUUCAAAACUGCAAUGGUUUAUUGGCAUAUGAACCAGAAUGUCAUCGCGAAGAAAUUGAAGCAAUGUAUGCUAAUGGAAUUGAUGGUUUAUUCAAAGUCUGCGAUUCUUUCAACAAGUAUUACGAAUGUCUUGGGGAUGCCAGAAAAGACUGCACAAGUGUUGGAUUUCAUGUUCAAAUGGAUCUACAUAUCACCGACGCUAUUAAUGUAGCUUCAAUGUAUAAACAAUUUGGGUUUGCUUGUGGAGCUGGAUUCGAUGGGUUCUCGAAUAAUGACUUGUGCAUGUCAGAAAUAUUCAAAACUCGUCAGCCGCAGAUCACGGAAUGCCGCAAUCAAUUUCGUAACAACUUGAUAAUUGGCUCACGCAAUCAUUGCUUGUAUCUCGAUGAGUUUGUUGGUUGUUUUACCAAUGUUUUCGAUCAUUCUCUUUGUAAUAGGGAGAGCUCGUGGUGGGGCUGCGAGUACGCAAGGCAGAGCGGAAAAGUUGUUUUGAACGAUUGUGACCUACAAUGCCAUUGUAAGUAG